CGCCAGCAUCGCCGGGAUAGCUUCUUACUAUUGUUCUGGAGAUAGCGCCGGCAAUGCGAUCGAUCCCUCGAGAUCCAUCUAUUUUACAUCAUAUAUCAGUGCGGCCAUGAUAUAUAUCCGGAGAAACAUGACUGGGACAGUGCUCCUGAUAUAUGAAAAUAUAUUGCCAUGUUCCCGAUCCUAUUACUCCUCUUCAUACCGUGUUGCGAGCCCCUGAGAUGAUUGUUUAAGGCUUCAUAUUAUUCAUCCCGGCCUCUUUGACUGCUGGACUGAAUAUCGAGGGAGACAGUGUCUUCGACACUGAAGGGAUUGGAUUUUGAAAGAGUAUUUCUAUCUCUCAGCCGCCGUCGAAUUUAACGUCUCUCUAAUUUGAUAUCAAUCUCCAUCACGAAGUACCAAGGACCUCCAUUCACACACACUCUCUUCACACCAGCGCCGUCGUACACGAAAUUCGGUGCCCUCACCCUCAUAAUCCAGAAUGCCGUCCGCCAAUGUACAGCUCCCCCCAGGCUUCGAUGCCACUAAGCAGAACAUCACAAUAUAUACACCAGAUGGCACCCCAGUGGUUACCACUAUCCCGAUGAUCAACGAGUUCAAUACCCAAAACAGCGAAAUAUGCGUUGUAUACGGGUGCCAGCUCGGCGCCUCGCUGAUCAUGUUCCUGGUUGUCAUGCUCACAACGAGAGUGUCGAAGCGCAAAUCUCCAAUCUUCGUGCUGAACGCCCUUUCUCUAAUAAUCUCGUUCCUCCGCUCCCUACUUCAAAUCUUAUACUACAUCGGCCCCUGGACAGAGAUGUAUCGCUAUCUGGCCUACGACUAUUCUACUGUUCCAGCAUCCGCAUACGCAAAUAGCGUGGCCGCUGCCCUGCUCACCUUCUUCCUAUUAAUGACCAUCGAGGCCUCACUCGUUCUCCAGACAAAUGUGGUAUGCAAGACCAUGAGCAGUCGCAUCCGUUGGCCCGUCACCGCACUCUCAAUAGUUGUAUCUCUUCUUGCAGUCAGCUUCCGCUUCGCACUUACCAUCCGCAAUGUGGAAGGGAUUCUCGGUGCAAUAGUGAAGUCCGACACGCUGAUGCUCGGCCGGGCAAGCCUAAUCACUGAGACGGGCUCACUCUGGUUCUUUUGUACCAUCUUCGUCAUCAAGUUAGGUUGGACUUUAUAUCAAAGGAAGAAGAUGGGGCUCAAACAGUGGGGUCCGAUGCAGAUCAUCACAAUCAUGGCUGGAUGCACGAUGAUAGUUCCUUCCCUCUUCGCAAUCCUCGACUACUUCCCCGAACAAACCUUCUACGAAGCAGGCACCGUAGCAAUCUGCCUCGUCGCCGUCCUCCUCCCCCUUUCCUCCGUCUGGGCCUCCGCCGCCAUCGACGGCGACGAGCCCGUGCACCCCCCGGGCAGCACCCCCAAAUUCAGCAGCUUCAACAUGGGCUCUGACUGCAAGUCCUCGUCAGCUCGGCUAGCCCAAUCGAUCCGCAAGGCCAGCGUGCCGGUGGAGCACCUUAGUCGCACGAGCGAGGAGGAUCUAGGCGCCGACGGGACACUUAAUAGAGCUGGAUCGUACGGGACAGACCGCAUGAGUGGGUCGGUUAGCCCCAGGGGUGUGAGGAUCGAAAGGACAUAUGAGGUUCAUACUGCUGGGAGGGGAGGUCCGACUGAGCGAGACGACAUAUUCUGAUAAUGCCUUAUGAAAUGGGAAGGAGGAGCACAGAGAGAGGGGCUACCUGGAGUUUACUUGAGCGUCGGUGUUCUCGUGCGCUAUGUUUAUGUUUUCUUUUUGGUUGAUGGAGUCAAAGCAUCAAUAGUUGAAGAUACCAUGUUUCUCUUUUUUCUUACGGUUUUGUUAGUGCUUGCGCCUCAGCGAGCGCGUCUCUAUACAAUGAUAUCAUAAAAUUACAGCUUAAAUAUAAAUAUAAAUAUAAUUU